ACUAGGGAAAGUGGACGAGCCUUUCUUGAUCAGGUGCUCUGAGAUAGGAAACCCCCAGAAGAAAAUACUUGUGAGGAUGGACAUGAUAAAGAGCUCAGAGGCUGAAGCGGGUGGCAGUGAGUCAUCAGGGACUGACCACGAGGUCUUCUUGAAUUUCAGGGGACCAGACACCCGCCAAGGAUUCACGGAUUGCCUUUAUAACGGUAUGCUAGAUGCAAACAUCCGUGUUUUCUUCGACGAGGAACAGCUCCACAUCGGCAAAGAAAUAGGCGAUGAGCUACCGACAGCCAUUGAAAAGUCGAAGAUCUACGUACCCAUCUUCUCUAAAGGUUAUGCUUCGAGUGUGUGGUGCUUGCGCGAGCUCACACACAUGGUGGAGUGCACGAAAUCCAAACCAUCCGAGAAGGAGAUUAUGCCGAUUUUCUAUGACGUGGAACCCUGCGAUGUUAAGCUUAAGUCUCAACUAUACCUUGGCGCUUUGGAUGAGCAUGAGGAGAAGUUCGGCCCCCAAACGAGGGGAAAGUGGGAGGAUGCCCUCAGAAGUGUUGCCAAAAUCAAAGGAUGGGAAUUGAAAAAGCAAGGGUACUGGAAAUUCAUUAAAUUGGUGAUACGGGAGAUUGUGAUUAAGCUAAAGACAAAAGACAAAUAUGUCACCGAGCAUUUAGUCGGAAUGGACGAUCGAGUGGAAGCUGUUUUGAAGUUGUUGGACGUGGACUCCGGGGGCAUGCGCUUUGUGCUAAUCCAUGGAAUGGGUGGAAUCGGUAAAACGACCCUUGUUAAGGAUGUGUUCAACAAACUAAAUUCCCUCUUUAGUCAUUGCUGCUUCCUGGGAAAUGUUAGGGAAUCAUCAGUCAGCUUUGGCCUCAUAAAUUUACAGAAACAACUAUUGUCUAACACGCUGGGUUCGGCCUUUCAAGAUGAAAUAAACGAAGUCGACGAUGGGAUCAAGGUGAUUGCGCGGAGACUUUCUAACAGGAAACUCUUCAUCAUUCUCGAUGAUGUAGCUGAUGAGGAACAACUCGAGAAACUAGCCAUCAAUCAUAUUUCCUUUGGCUCAGGAAGUAGAGUUAUUUUGACAACUAGGAAUAGAAGCAUCGUCGAAGCCAACAAAACUUUGGAGUAUGAAGUGAAGCCGUUGGAUUCCAUUCAAUCACUUGAGCUUUUCAAUAGACAUGCCUUUGGAAGGAAUCCUCCUCCAGAUGAUUAUGUUUAUCUUUCGAGACAAAUAGUUUAUACGACCGGAGGACUUCCCCUGGCUCUUGAAGUUGUAGGCUCAUUACUUCGUCGCCAAAGCAAAGCCGUAUGGAUAGAUGUGCUGGACAAUCUAAGAGAAAUACCUCAUGAGAAGGUCCAGGACAAGCUGAAGAUCACCUACAAUGUGUUGAGUCACGAGCAAAAACAGAUCUUUCUUGACAUUGCAUGUUUCUUUGUGGGCGAAGACAAGAUGAAUGCAUUCUACAUGUGGAAAGAUUGUAGGUUUUUCCCGGGUCACUCGAUUCAAGUCCUUAUCUGCAUGUCCUUGAUAAAGAUAACUGAUGACAACAAAUUCUGGAUGCACGACCAACUGAGAGACCUCGGGAGGAAAAUUGUCCUUGAAGAUACGAGGGUGAUGUAUCGAAGAAAGCAGAGCAGGUUCUGGGAUCCUUUGACCGCCUUUAAUAUCAUAAGAACAGAAGAGAGAAAGGAGGCCAUUGAAGCAGUCUGUUUAGGUGGAAAUACCUAUACGAGCAAAGAGUUUUCAAAGCUUCCAAACAUGAGGUUCCUCAAAUUAAUUAACGGAGAAUUAGAUGGAGACUUCAAGAAUAAGCUUUCAGAGUUAAAAUACAUAUCCUGGCAUGGGUGUCCUCAAGAGCUAUCUGCCAUCAAUUUCCAUCCAAGCAAUCUCGUGGUUCUCAACCUAUCUCAUAGUUACAUCACGGAGGCCUGGGCUGGAUGGAGUCAAAUCAAGGUUGCCAAAAAGCUUAAAGUUUUGGAACUCACGAAUUGCUUCCGCCUGACCAAGACUAUAGACUUCUCUCAUUAUACGAGUUUGGAGAGGUUGAUCCUUAAAGAUUGCAUAUUUCUGAUUGAAGUUGAUGGUUCCCUCGAGAAGCUUAAGAGCCUAAUUUACUUCAAUGCGAAUGGGUGUAUAAGUCUUAGGGAGUUGCCCGAAGGAAUUGGAUGGUUAGAGAAGCUCGAGUACUUGUACUUAGGCAAUUGCAAAGAGUUGAGGAAGCUGCCCGAAUCAUUUGAGAGAGUGACAUCACUGGUAGAGUUGGAUCUCUCGUACACGGCUAUCACGAGAUUACCAAACUCCAUUGGUAACCAAAAGCACUUGUCAGUACUUAAACUGCAUUCUACAAAAAUCAAUGACCUUUCUAGUUCUAUCAGGAACCUACGAAAACUUAAGUCUCUCAUUAUAUCGUGUACUAAAAUAAGGGAACUCCCUGUGUCGAUUGGAAACUUGGAAUCGCUACUCGUGUUGGAUGUCUCGAAUACGCAAUGUCUACGGUUACCCGAAUCUAUCGGAGACCUAAGUAGAUUAAAAAUCAUCAAUAUUUCAUAUUCUUCGAUAACAGAGCUACCGCGGAGCAUUGUCGCACUUAAAGAGUUGGAAGAGCUACAUGCCAUGGGCUGUUGGUCUCUGAAAUGGGAAAUUCCCGAGGACAUUUGGGAAUUAUCGCAUCUGAGAGUCCUUGACUUGGCAUCAACCCGUAUUGGAAAUGUUCCGGCGACGAUCAAACUACUUCCUCGCCUGGAGAAAUUGGAAUUAUUUGAUUGCACUGGACUUGAACUAUUGCCUGAGCUUCCCACAAGUUUGAUAAGGCUAAGCUUCGGAUCAAGUUCGCUGCGGUGGGUCUCGGAUCUCUCAAACCUAACUAAAUUGGCGAAUUUGGCCUUUGGUGGUCAGGGUGAGAACAAUCCUUUGUUCUUACAAGAUGGUCCAUGCCUACAAUCCCUCACGCUCCUUCCACCGUCUCUGUCAACAUUGUCACUUGAAUAUCAUGAAUCCAUAACCAGUUUAUCAUUUGGUUGCAACUUGAGAAACUUGACACGUUUGCACAUUCACAGAUGCCGUUGGAAGGAAGUCCAAGUCGGUGGGCUUGAACAGUUGAUUGAAUUUGUAGUCAUAUGGGUAGAACUCCUCGAGGGAUUUGCCGGUCUUUCAAAGUUGAAGAGGUUGAAGCUGUUGACGCUGAGUGGUUGCCCAAAUCUAACUGCCAUCCAAGGUCUUGGUUCGGUGGAGUCGUUGGAGCGAUUGGAAAUAGACGAGUGUCCUAAGAUUGAAAGUCUAGAUGAUCUAUCGGGUUUGAAAAAGCUGGAGUCCUUGGUAAUAGGAAGAUGCGAUGAGCUUCUGGCAGUCAAGGGCCUGGAUGAACUAGAGGCUCUCAAACAUUUGGAUUUUUACUGUUGUAGAUCAUUGAGAAGUUUCCCUAAUGUACUCAAUUGGAAAGUACCAGAUGAGUGCUCACUAAGAAUUCACGACUGCCUAAAUUUAAAAAAACAUUCGUUUUGGGGCCACAUCAGCGAGUACAAGCGACGGAAAGUCCGGGAAGAAAGAGGGGAAGGAAAAAAAGACGUGUGAAAGAUGAUGCGGCUUUCAUGUUUAUCGGCUUGUUGGUUAUGAGUGUUCUUCAUAAUUCGGAGUGUUGUCCUACCUUCAGUUUGCAAUCCACACAUAUUUGGUAGUUUAUCUCAGAUUGCUUCGCAUGUUUUUAUUGUUGUUAUGAAAGCUCCUGUAGUGCUUCCAACAAUAUUUUCACCAUCUAGCAAGGAACGUGCAAUUCUUCUUUCAUAUAUGUAGAAUUGUAUUUUCAGUUUGGAUCCA